AUGAGUUUCUUGACUAGGUACUUUCCAAACUUGCCGGAUGAUAUAAUAGUUGAGAUCUGUGACCAAUUACCCAAGGAGUAUCUUUUUGAGUUUCUACUUUACUUGAAGGAGACAAAUAUUAGGAGUCUAAUUAUUGAAAAAUAUUUUAAUAAUGAACUUCACUUUAUAUUGAGUCCAACUAGAAGAAGUCAUUCGUGUUAUGAUUCGUUGGUUGAUAUUCAUGGGUUUGCAUUGAUUGAAGAGUUUCUAGAUAAUAAUCCAGAUAUCAACCCAAGGUUAAUUAAGAUUAUAACUGGAGGUGAUUUUAGAUCACUUGAAAAUUUAGUAUUACAAUAUAAUCAACGGUUUAAUGGGCAAGUUGAUAAAAUACACUUACAAAUUGAAAAUUACGAAUUGGAUUCGGAUGAUUUUAUCUUUUUAAUUAAUAAUUUAUCGAAUAUUACCAGAAUUCAAUUAUCAGGUAUUAAAUUAACAAAGAUUUUGAAAAAUUUAAAACAAAAUCAAUUAGCUAAUUUGAAAAAUUGUAAAGAAUUAGUACUAUUAGGACAUGGCAUAAAUGACUGGUCAAAUAUCCAAUUGCCUCCCCUGUUAAACCAUUUGGAUUUAUCCUGGAGAUCAACUUGUGAUGUAACUACUAUAACUUUAUCAAAUUCAAUCGAACAUAUUUAUUGGAAUCAAGCCGGUAUAAACAGUGAUGUUUUAACAAAAAUCAAUUUCCCAAAUAAUUUGAAAACUUUAAUGCUUACUUAUAAUAAUCUUUUAACCAUAGAUUUAAAAGAUUUACCACCGUCUUUAGAAACUCUUGAUUUGUCUUAUAAUGUAUUGACAAACUUUAUUAUCGAUGACAAUUCUCAAUGGCCGGUCAAUUUAAAUACCUUGAUUCUUAGUUCAAAUCAUUUAACCAAUGGAUCGUUAACUAACUUGAGUAAGAUUGACUGGCCCUCAAAUAUGAAAAACUUUAAGAUUGAUGAAAAUCCUUUUGAUAGCUUAGUUGACUUAAAAUUACCAAUGAAUUUAGACUAUUUAAAUAUCCUGAAUAACAAUUUGAAAAAUUUAUUGGUUAUGGAUUACAAUAACCCCAGUGAUUCUUAUCCAUUUUUCCAAUUUCCAGUAUGGUUGGAUUCGUUGGAUCUAUCGAAUAGCGAUUUUAAUUAUACAAACUUUAAUGAUCCAACCAAGAGAAUUCGAUUCCCAGAUACUUUAACCAGUCUCAAUCUCAGUGAAUGUAAUAUCUAUCACUUAAACCAUUUCAUUUUCCCAAUUUCUUUGAAAAAAUUAUCAUUAACCGGUAAUAAGAUUUCAGAUUUGAAUGAUUAUAAUGAUACGCAUGUUAACUGGGGCAAAAUGAUAAACUUGGCUGAGUUAGAACUUUACUUUAAUGAAAUUGAUGCUUUAGCAAAUUGGAUAUGUCCUCCUAAUUUAAAAAUUCUUGAUUUGAGAUUGAAUAAACUAAGUCAAUUAACUCCAAGUUAUCCGAUGUUCAACCCCAAUGAUGCUUUUACCAAUUUGAAAACCUUGAAAAUCGAUGAAAAUCAAAUCAAUUUCAUUGAUCCUAAUUGUAAAUUACCUAAAAAUUUACUUCAUUUAUCUUUAGAAACAAAUUUAAUUGAAAAUUUCCCCUUCUCAAACGGUUUCAUCGAUUCCAAUCUACAUUACCUAAACUUGAAAAACAAUCUCAUCAAUAACAUUGAUUUCCACGAUGGAUCCCAUUCUAGUCUAAUCCAAAUCGAUCUAACUGCUAAUAACUUACUAAAAUCUCUACAAACAAAAAAUCUUUUCCACGAGUGGUAUGACCAACUAGAAGCUUGUCUAGGUAAGAAAAUAAGUCAAAGAAAACGUAACAUCAAUCGCCAACUUGAUUUCAUCUAA